CUGCAGUGCCUCUACUGUUGCUCAGACCUUUGCAAUCGGUAAAUUAACAAGAUUCUGUUCAGUUUAAUUCACUAUACAGAUCUCCUUGCAGCAGUGAAUUUGGCAGAAAUUGUGUCAGUUCCAUGCUGCUGCUGUUUAGUGAAGCUCUUCCCAGCAGCAAGGUGGUGCUGGAUAUAUUCGCAGUGCUGAGGAUGCCCCAAUAAAACAAGUCCAUGAGAGAGACUUGGAUGCAGUUUGUCAUCUCCUUCGUCUUCCCCUAACUGCCUCCACCAGGCAUCAUGAGGUUUCUUAGUGACUUUCUCACACCUUUUGAUGCCUCCAAAGAAGAAAUGCAUCCGCCAGGCCCGCAAGGCACAACUGCAGUUCCUUGAAACUCCAAGAGAGGGCCCUAUACAUCACUAUGGAUCUCCACUGCCUUUGGCUGAGAACCCAAGACAUGUUUUUAUCAAACCUCUAGACCAGAAUGCCUCCAUCUCAUGGGUGUCCCCACAGUUUGAAAGCACUGUGUCAACAGGCUUCAAGAGAUGUAAGAAGCAGCGCCAUGUUGCCCACAGCUUCCAGAGCCGGGAUGACAGUCGUGGUUUCCUCCAUGUGGGAGGAGUGUGUCGGAAACAAACAGUCUGCAAAUUUCCUCCUUUAACGUUUGAGGCUGCACAGGCACACCCCUAUGCUGCAGCAACAGGGUACUCGGACUCUUGUGGUAACCCAAGUAACUGUGCAAAGACAUGCCAUAUCCAGCCAAAGAGGGGCACUGCAGCAAAGCCCAGUACCUCAAUGGGUAAGCCUAAGAGCUGUAGAAAAGGGGCCUCUCAGUUUCCUAAACAGGAUGCUGAGCCAGAUGUCUUCAGUCCACCAGAUCUACGGACUCCAGAGCUGCCCUCUAUGAGAAGCUAUGGAUGCAGUAGUACUUUGCCACAGAUGAACAUCCUCUGUCCGAAUCCACAUAGUGUUCUUGAUCUCUGUGCUGAUACCACUGAGAGCCUUGAACCAACAACUGUACUGGUCAAGGAUACUCCAGAGCAUGAGUACGGAGUGAAGGUAACAUGGAGAAAACGGUCUCAUGUAAUGAGAUACCUGAGGGAGAAGGGGAUGCUGAGCCCAAGUGACAUCCUAGUGAAGACUGUAAAUGCUGAUCCUAGUCAGUGCUGAUCCCUUUAGAAAAGGACACGCUGCCUUUGACUUGAGGGGCACAAUAACUGAGAUCCCACUUUGCUGGCUCUAAAAGCAACGGGCAUUGCUAAGCCUAGUUGGGAGAUCAGUGACAGGAUAAAGAAAAGACCCUGGACUUAUACUGUCGGCUAAGACUGCUUGGUGCUGCAGAGAUGCUUCCCCCCGUGCUGUCUAACCUGGCGGAAGAUCAGUCUGCACUGGAUAGUGAUGGCCGGGGGCGUGGCUGA